AAAGUCCAGCAAAAAACGUAUUUCCUCUCGAGAGGGCUCCAGCAGCUAUCCCUUUCUUUUGCUGGAGAGCUUCCCAGUCUUUUAAAGUUUCAUCAAAUAAACCAAUUUUAAUGUCGUCGUCCUCGCUCUCUAAUCCCACUCUCUCCACUCCUUUCAUCGGCCACAACCUUCGUCUAAAUCAGAAUACGAAGGAUGGGAUAAAUUGUUUUCCUUCUCUUAGAAGGCAUGGAGUCCCAAGAUGUGCAGUGGAUAUGCCUUACGGAGGUAAUGCUCCAACUUUUCCUCGAAUAAGAGUCUGGGAUCCGUAUAAGCGGCUCGGCAUUAGUCCUUAUGCUUCAGAGGAAGAAAUUUGGUCCGCACGCAAUUUUCUCUUAGAACAAUAUGCCGGACAUGAGAGAAGCGAAGAAUCAAUUGAAGCAGCAUUCGAGAAACUACUUAUGGCCAGCUUCCAGCAUAGAAAGAAAACAAAGAUUAACUUGAAAAGUAGGCUAAAGAAGAAAGUAGAGGAGUCUCCACCUUGGAUAAAAAACUUGCUCAAUUUUGUCGAACUUCCUCCCAUGGAAGUUAUCUUCCGAAGAUUGUUCCUUUUUGCCUUCAUGGGUGGCUGGAGUAUAAUGAAUUCUUCCGAGGGUGGACCUGCCUUUCAGGUAGCUGUAUCUUUAGCGGCCUGCAUAUAUUUCCUUAAUGAAAAAACAAAGAGCUUGGGUCGGGCUUUCGUUAUCGGACUCGGUGCUCUUGCGACGGGGUGGAUAUGUGGUUCUAUCUUCGUUCCAAUGAUUCCGACAGUUCUAAUUCACCCAACAUGGACACUGGAAUUGUUGACUUCAUUGGUGGCUUAUGCUUUCCUGUUUCUUGCAUGUACUUUUCUGAAAUGAAAAUCAAAAGCUGUUAUGUUAGGAAAGUUUUGAAACUAAGAUUGAACUCAAUUUUUACAUGAACCUUUAAUCUGCAAGCAAUUCUUCCUUGUUUCACUUCAA